CUGCACCAGGAGCAAUGGCUGCACGCGUCCUAUUCCUGUUGGUAUCUGUUCUGCUGGUAGUUCUGCUGGUAGUUACGGCGAAGCCGAGUACCAGCAAAUGGGUUGUACCUCUUGUUUCAGAAAAGAGGACCGCACCUAAAGAGGGAAAUGGUCGCAUCACUGAUGGCCACCCUGCAGGAGUGGGCCAGUUCCCAUACCAGGCCCUCAUCAUUGCUGACGGUGGAGAUAUAUGGGGUGGAUCGCUCAUCACCACCAGAGCAGUCCUCACCGCUUCCUACUGCACGGCCCAGUACCAAACGUGGACCGUCCGCUUGGGAGGCAUCCACAGAAGUCAGGACGAAUCCACCGCCUGGAUUGUGGAAUCCAGUUAUGCCCAGUCGCGCCCUGAGUCCACUGCGAUGGUAGCCUGGGCAGCCAGUUAUGACGUGGGUGUGAUAUUCCUGCCCAGCGAAGCUCCUCUGAACCGAUACAUCCAGCUGGUGACGUUGCCUUCUUCACUAUAGGUCGAUGACACCUAUGAGGGCCAAACUGGUGUGAUCGCAGGCUGGGGUAUCACUGAAGCGGGAGAGACAGAAGUUCUUAUAUGGAGUCAGGUGACGGUUGUUCCCAACUCAGUAUGCUCGGAGCUCCACGAAGCAGGUGCCAUUACUGACAAUAUUAUGUGCGCUGCGAACACGUACACUGGCGUAUGCUGGGCGGACCUCGGUACUCCCCUGGUUCUGGAGACUGAAGGAGGUUUCAAGCAGAUCGGAGUGGCCGGCUUCCUUCCGACCGACGGCUGCGUCACAGGGGUGCCUGCUGGCUUCGUCAGGGUCACCUCCGUUCUCGACUGGCUCGCCACCAUCACCGCAACCAACUUUCAGUGAGGAGUCGGUGUUGCCUGGGACGUGGUUCUGUUCUGGCGCCACCUCACUGUUUAGUUCAUUUCAAAAGCAUUUGCUCCUAAUGUACUUCUGUUUCUGUUUUAUCACAAUUCUAGUAAUCGCACUGUAUAAGAAUAUUAACUGAAAUAAAGAAAAUCAUGAGUGAA